AUGGUUGUUGUGGUGGUUAUGGUGGUUGUAGUGUUUGUCGUGGCGGCAGCGGCGGCGGCGUUGGUGGUUGUGGGGGUUGUUGCUUUGGUGGUUGCGACUGUGGGCGGUGGCGACAAUGGUUGUUGUGGUGGUUGUGGAUCUAAUGGUGAUUGUGGUUGUGGUGGCGGUUGGGAUGACAGCUGUUGUACUGGUGGUGGUGGCGGUAGCGGCGGCAGUGGUGGCGGCAAUAGCAGUGGAGUCGAUGAUCGUGGUGGCGGCGGUGUCGGUAUCGGUGGCGGUGUCGGUAAUAGCGGCGGUGGUUGUAGUGCUGAUGAUUGUGGUGGUUGUGUGGUAGAGGUGGUGGUGAUGCUGGUGGCGAUGGUGGUGGCGGUAGCGGUAACGAUAUCGGUGGGUGCUGGUGUCGGUGGUGGUAGCGGCGGCGAUGCCAGUGGUUCUGUUGGCGGCAGCAAAAUUAGUGGCGGUGGUGGUCUUAGUCGUGGUGGUUGUGGUGGUGGUGGGGGUAGUGUAUUGGUGACGGUGUUGGUUGUGGUCGUGGUUGUUGUGGUGGUGGUCGAGGUAUUAGUAGUGAUGGAAGUAGAGCUAAUGGUGGCGGCGGCAGCAUGGGCGGUGGGGGUUGUUGUGCUGGUGGUGAUGUUAAUAGGGGUUGUGGUGGUAGUUGUCUUAGUGGUGGUAGUAGUGUGGAGCAACGACAGUGGUGGUGGUGGUUGUGGCGACGGCGGUGGCGGGGGUGGUUGUACUGGCGGCGGUGGUGGUUGUUGUUGUGGUGGUGUGGGUGGUGAUGGUAAUUGUGGUGUUAGUGGUGGUGGGGGUGGUGGUGAUGGUGGGGGCGGCGUUGGUGGUGGUGGUGGUUGUGGUGGUGGUGGGAGCGGAGGUUGUAGUGAUUGUGGUGGCGGUGGCAACGACGAUGGUGGUAGUGGUGGAUAUGGUCGUGGCGGUGGGGGUGGAGGUUGUGGUGGUGGCGGCGGCGGUGGUGGUGGCGGUGGCGUUGGUGGUGGCAGUGAUGGUGGCGGCGGCGGCGGUGUUGCCGAUGAUGGUGGCGGCCGACAGUGGUGGAGGAGCGGCGGUGGUGGUGGUGGGGUGGAGGUUUUGGUGUUGGUGACGGUGGAGGCGGUGACUACAAUGGUUGUUAUGGUGGUUGUGGUGUUUGUGGUGGCGGCGGCGUUGGCAGUGGCUGUAGUGGUGGUUGGGGGGAAGUGGCAGUGGUGGUGGUAG